UGCAAAAAAAUUAAACAGACACUGAAAUAAAUACGUUUGUUUGUGUUGCUAACGAACCCUUCUCUACAGCCCACAUUCAAAAUGCUGUAUUUGAUUCUAUUUGUUGGAACUUUCGUCCUGUCCUCGGGGCAAUUCACGACUAGCCCAUCGUUUACAACAUCAACCACAAGUUCCAUAACCUUAACUGCUAACCCGUUGUUGGCACCAUCAACCCCAACACCUACAACCACAACUACUCUCCCUGCGGAUACAACUACUGCCCCUGGGGAUACAACUACUGCCCCUGGGGAUACAACUACUGCCCCUGGGGAUACAACUACUGCCCCUGGGGAUACAACUACUGCCCCUGGGGAUACAACUACUGCCCCUGCGGAUACAACUACUGCCCCUGGGGAUACAACUACUGCCCCUGGGGAUACAACUACUGCCCCUGGGGAUACAACUACUGCCCCUGCGGAUACAACUACUGCCCCUGGGGAUACAACUGCUGUCCCUGGGGAUACAACUACUGCCCCUGCGGAUACAACUACUGCCCCUGCGGAUACAACUACUGUCCCUGGGGAUACAACUACUGCCCCUGCGGAUACAACUGCUGUCCCUGGUGAUACAACUAUUGUCCCUGGGGAUAUAACAACCACAACCACAACACCUACAACCACAACUGUUAUCGCAGAUUUUACACCCACAGCUGGUGUCCCAGAGGAUUCAACAACACCCACAACCGUUCAACCAACAACAAUUCCUACAGCAAACCUGACCACGUUUGCACAUGCAGCGGUGAAUUUAUCCAGCUACGAAAAUCUGGAUAGCGAUACAAUCGUUUCAAACAUUGAGGAGUUCUUGAAGCAAAUAAGCAAUAAUGCCCUUGGACCUCUGAAGUUAACAGUGAAACGUUUCUCAAAAUGUAGCGGCGCCCAGUGUGGAGACCAGCAACCCUCUACUACCACUCAACCCACCACUGGCCCUCAACCCUCCACUGGCCCUCAAUCCUCCACUGGCCCUCAAACCUUCCCUGACACUCAACCCACCACUGGCCCUCAACCCACCACUGGCCCUCAACCCUCCACUGGCCCUCAACCCACCACUGGCCCUCAACCCACCACUGGCCCUCAACCCUCCACUGGCCCUCAACCCUCCACUGGCCCUCAACCCACCACUGGCCCUCAACCCACCACUGGCCCUCAAAUCUUCACUGACACUCAAGCCUCUACUGGCCCUCAACCCACAUUUACAUAGAUACCGUUCUGGUUUCAUAAUCACCACUGAUUCAUCAGACAUCUGUAUAGCCUACUUGUUGAUUUGUUAACUUGUCAAUCAUUUGAAAUGAAGUGGGGUCAUUUGAAAUGGAGUGGGGUAAUUUGAAAUGGAGUGGGGUCAUUUGAAAUGGAGUGGGGUCAUUUGAAAUGGAGUGGGGUCAUUUGAAAUGUAGGUACAUAAAUAUAUGUCAUACAAGUUCAUACUCUAACUUUGAAGGAAUAGCUAUGGUUUUUAAAAGUCAGUGAUAUUGGUAACACUUCCCAUUGAGGUAUCCUUUAAGUGAGUUGUAAAAAGGUAUAUGAAUACUUCAAUAUCAACCGUACUGACUGGGAUUAGGGUAUGUAUUUUACUGUAUGACAGGGACUGGUAGAUAUUGCAAUCAACAAGUUUAAAUCAAUCAUGUGGAAAUAUCUCCAUUGACCCUGAACUUUGAUGUAGUAAUUCAAAGACUUUGUGAAGAUUGAAACCGCUUUUUCUAUAAAGUAUGGCAGACUAUUUAGAAAUAUGUUUGUUUUUUUAGCUAAAUAUUUUGUAGCUUUUUUAUUCUGUUAUUUUCAUUACUUUUUAAGAUGUAUUCUUUGUGUUAUUUUCCUUUGUCAGGUUGGGCCCCUCUCAAUCAAACCUGUUCUCAACCCCAUUGUUAUUUAUUGAAGCUUUAUUUAACUAGGCAAGUCAGUUAAGCACAAAUUCUUAUUUACAAUGACAGCCUACCCCUGCCAAAUCCGGACGACACUGGGCCAAUUGUGCGCAACCCUAUGGGACUCCCAAUCCCAGACGGAUGGGAUACAGGCCUGGAAUCAAAUCAGGGUCUGCAGUGACACCUCUUGCAUUGAGCUGCAGUGCCUUAGACUGCUGCGCCACUCGGGAGCCCAAUUGUGGUAUGUUAGGUUGGGUCCCUCUCAAUCAAACCUGUUUUUCAACCCCAUUGUGGUAUGUUAGGUUGGGUCCCUCUCAAUCAAACCUGUUUCUAGGUUCAGACAAAACAACUUUCUUCUUGUGCUCAUUUGGAAUCAUUGAUUAAAAAUAACAUGCCAAAUCAUCUCUUAUGUUGAUUAUAUUGCUAACUGACUUGAUUUAAAAUUACUUUCAGAUGAUGUGGGCAUGACAUGCUGUGUGGUUGAUUUACUUUUUUUUCUAUGCAUUUGUUAGCAGUGGCUAGUUUAAAGGGGGCCUGAACAUACUGAUUUCACCUCGGUUUUCCUUCUCAUUAAGUCAAAUGCAUUUUCGUUUUGGGGGUGUGAUUUGAUGUGGGUGUGUUAUGUUCACUAUAUAAAAUAUUAUCAAAAAUG